CAGUGACCAUGGAUGGCUCCUUUCUCACAGAAGACAAAAGCACCCAGAAACACAAGCUUCCUCAGAAACAAAGGACACUGGUUAGUGACAGUGUUGUUUUGGAACCCCAAAUGUCAGCCCCCAGGCCCUAUCUGCCUCCCUUCCAACAACCCAAGAAUGCCACCCACCUGAAACCUUCCUAUCAGAGCGGCUUCUUCCCAGUCAGGGAGUGUAACUCACAAAGGCCAGGUCCAGCAGGCUUUGGGGAGGAGGGUGUACACUGGCUGCCUGCUCCUCAUCUGAAAAGCCUUCCCAGACCUCGCCAGGCAGAGAGAGACUCACCUCUGCCCACAGACAUCCCUCCCCUGCAGCUCAGCAUUCUGCAGUGGACCUCAUCUCUCAUCCCUUCUGCCAACAUGCUAGGCACUGUCCUAGCUACUGGGACGGUCACACCAGAUCUGCCAAGGUCCUUUAAGGCUGUGACUGCAUCUUUCUGUCUUCAUGGCCCUAGUAUCUCAGGGUACCUGAAUGGCUGCCAACUGUUGACAGAUUCAUAAAUGCUGAGUAGACUGGUCAGUUCUCCAUGGGUGGGCACCUGUCCCCAUGGCCCACAUUCACCAGUGGCCAGACCAUUUUGCAAAAUCGAAAACCCUGUUCAGAUGACUACCGGAUGCGAGCAGGCCCACCAAAGGGAGACUAUUCGGGCUCUGGAGCCCUUGAAGGCCAAGCUUGUCAAUGUGAAUGAGGAAUGCAACGAGAGGAUCCUGGCCAUGAGGGCUGAGGAGAGACAUGAAAUCUCCCUGCUCAAGAAAGAGAAGAUGAAUUUGCUAAAACUCAUCGACAGAAAGAAUGAGGAGAAGAUCUCAUUGCAGAGUCAGGUGACCAAACUGAGGAAGAACUUGGCUGAGGAGUACCUGCACUACCUCAGUGAGCGAGAUGCCCGCAAGAUCCUCAUCGCAGACCUGAAUGAGCUACGGUACCAGCGGGAGGACAUGUCAUUAGCCCAGUCCCCAGGCAUCUGGGGGGAGGAUCCAGUGAAGUUAACCCUGGCUCUGAAGAUGACUCGGCAAGACCUGACCCGCACGCAGAUGGAACUCAACACCAUGAAGGCCAACUUUGGAGACGUAGUCCCCAGGAGAGACUUUGAAAUGCAGGAGAAGAUGAAUAAGGAUCUUCAGGAGCAGCUGGACAGCCUGAGAGCCAGCUACGAGGAGGUCCGCAAGGAGCACGAGAUCCUGAUGCAGCUGCACAUGAGCACACUGAAGGAGCGGGACCAGUUCUACUCCGAGCUGCAGGAAAUCCAGCGCACUUCCACGCCGCGGCCUGACUGGAGCAAGUGCGAAGAUGUGGUGGCCGGGGGCUCAGAGCGCUGGAAGAUGCUGGCUGAGGGCAAGAACAGCGACCAGCUGGUGGAUGUGCUCCUGGAAGAGAUUGGCUCGGGGCUGCUGCGGGAGAAAGACUUCUUCCCUGGUCUGGGCUAUGGGGAAGCCAUCCCUGCUUUUCUUCGGUUUGAUGGCCUUGUAGAGAACAAGAAGCCAAGCAAGAAGGACGUGAUCAAUCUCCUCAAGGAUGCCUGGAAGGAACGUCUUGCAGAGGAGCAGAAAGAGACAUUCCCAGAUUUCUUCUUCAAUUUCCUGGAGCAUCGCUUUGGGCCCAAUGAUGCCAUAGCCUGGGCUUACACUGUUUUUGAAAAUAUCAAGCUCUUCCGUUCCAACGAGGUUAUGAGUCAGUUCUAUGCAGUCUUGAUGGGAAAGUGGAGUGAGAAUGUAUAUAUCACCCAGAAGAAGACAGUAGCCCAGCUGCUGAAGGAGAUGACAAAUGCUGACAGUCAGAAUGAGGGGCUACUAACCAUGGAGCAGUUCAGGGAGAGGCACAGGCAGGCCUCAGCAGGUCCCUGUUGGCCAUCAUGUCUCCCCCAUAGCACUAUCCUCAAGAGUACAUUCCCUCUCAAGACAGAAGAACAAAUCCAGGAGCUGAUGGAGGCAGGGGGCUGGCAUCCCAGCAGCAGCAAUGCAGACUUGCUCAACUACCGCUCACUGUUUAUGGAGGACGAGGAGGGCCAGAGUGAGCCCUUUGUGCAAAAGCUCUGGGAACAAUACAUGAAUGAGAAGGACGAGUAUUUACAGCAGCUAAAGCAGGAGCUGUGCAUAGAACUCCAUGAGGAGGUGACUCUGCCCAAGCUGCGAGGGGCCCUGAUGAGCAUCGACCCCAGCCUGGACAAGCAGACUGUGAACACUUACAUAAGCCAGGCUUUCCAGCUCCCUGAGUCACAACUGCCAGAGGAGGGUGACGAGAAGGAAGAGGGCAUUGUGGAAAUCCUCCAGACUGCCCUGGAGCGGCUUCAGGUGAUUGACAUCAGGCGUGUGGGGCCUCAAGAGCCAGAGCCUACAAGCUAGGACCCUGCAGGCAGCCUUUGUACUCCAGUCCUGCUAAGCCUGGGCUUUUAGUAUAAAUGUGUGUGUCUGAACCCA